GUCCACAGGGAAACUCUCCAAUCCCUAGCACUUCCCUCCGCCGCCGCCUUCAUGCCGUCCGGACGCCGCGGCCGCGGUGGCCGCCGCCGCGACGGCCGAGCACACAGCUCCGCGCCUUCCCCGCCUCCCCCGCCGCCUUUCGUGCCAGAGCUCACCUCCUGUCCUCCCUCGCCGCCGCCUCCCAUGCCACAGCGCACCUCCUCCCAUGGAAAUCUCCCAGCAACUUCCGCCGCCGCCUCGACGGGCGACCUGAUGCCUGCCUCCUCCUAUGGAAAUCCCCAAGCAACUUCUGCCGCCGCCUCGACGGGCGACCUGAUGCCUGCCUCCUCCUAUGGAAAUCUCCAAGCAACUUCCGCCGCCGCCUCGGCGGGCGACCUGAUGCCUGCCUCCCAAGAUAGGCCUCACGCCUCCCCCUCCCCCUCCACCGGCGACGCUCUCCGUCCACGGCUGCACAUGUCAAGAUGGCGCGAGGAGAGGGAAAGAGAGACAGCAUUGUUGGAGACUUCCUCUUCCUCUAUGCCACAAGCUACAAGGUAUGGAACUAUCGCGCGCCCUCUCAACCAUUGCUCAAUAGCUGGGUCUACGACCUGGCAUGAGGAGAGGGAAAGAGAGACAACACUGGAGGAGACUUCCUCUUCCUCUACACAAACUACAAGGUUUAAGGUGCCAGAUCUCUUGUCAUUGAAGCUUGACAUAAAUCUCUUGGCUGAUUCAUGUAUUUCGACAUUGUUCCCCACUGGUCUUGUGAUAAAAUAUUUUGUGAGAGUUGACAAUGAUGGAAUUUUCCAUACGUAUCCUGACCGUGGUGGACCGUUUGAGAGCAUAAAGGAAGUUCAGGAAGCCAUUGACUCCCACCAUGCUGUUCAGCGAAAAAACAUAUGCAUGGAUGGACUUACCGACGAGGAGAGGGCUAUCCGAUGUGCUCUUUACUGGUAUCAUAAUGGCACACGGAAGCACUCCAAAGAAGCUUUUGAUUACUGUACGACGGGUCUCCAGGAAUUGGUUAAGGCUGUACUCGACAAAUACAAUGAGGACAAUGGUCUUGUAGGGGAUCUUGCAUAUGAACUAGAAAAUAUUGUGAGCCACAAAUCAUGUUUUGACGGGAAAGAUUGCAUUUAUAGAUCUUACGAUCAUUUCAAUCUCACUAUGAAGACUAAAGGAGCUGCCAACAAGGAUCUGUACUUUGCUGAAGUCACAUGUAUGGACGGCGAUUAUGAAGCAUAUGUGCUCACCUGUAUCUGCAUGGUCAAACCUGAUGACAAUGGUGAAUGCCACGUGUGUGGAGCUGACAUGAAGCACCCUGCUCAUGAUGGAUACAACCGUGGCCGCCCCUUUAUUUCAUAUAGACAUGGUAGACGUCGUGCACGUGGAGUUCCUUUAUUUGAGAAGUUAUUUGCCGUGCGUGAUGAAGCUUGGCUGAAAGAAGAGGAGGCUAGGGUGAGACGUAUGAUCACGGAAGGGAAGGAGGAAAGGCGCAAGUUUCAUACCGGCUAGACGACGGACGACGUAGGGCACCAUUUCUACGACAAGUAAUUCCGAACGGAGGGAGUAGAUGAUAAGGAGAUGAGCGAGAUGAAACUUUACUGAAUAGCUAGCUUCCAUCUUCAGAACACUACUUGGUGGCGUGUUGUUAUUCUGGUUACCUUGGAAUCUAUAAGGAUUUAAUUAAUCUCCAUCAUUUACCAUUCGUAAAAA